CCAAACAUUAAUCAAGUCAAAUACCCUAUCAACUUAUCUCAAACACAACUAUAACACGCCAAAUUAUACCAUACAGUUUUUAAUUCUAAAAUGAGAGAAAUUAUACACGUUCAAGCAGGUCAAUGUGGUAACCAGAUUGGUCAAAAGUUCUGGGAGAGUAUCAGUCAAGAGCACGGCAUUGAUUCUACUGGUGCUUAUGCAGGUGAUAAUGAUUUACAGCUAGAACGUAUCAAUGUUUACUAUAAUGAAGGUUCUGCUGGUAAAUAUGUACCAAGAGCUGUUUUGGUUGACCUUGAGCCGGCCACUAUGGAUGCUAUUCGUAGCAGUACCUACGGUAAACUCUAUCGUCCAGAUAACUUUAUUUUUGGACAAUCCGGUGCUGGUAAUUCUUGGGCCAAGGGUUACUAUACAGAAGGCGCUGAGCUUGUUGAAGGCGUCUUGGAUAUCAUCCGCAAAGAAGCAGAACACACUGAUUGUCUGCAAGGUUUCCAGCUCUGUCAUUCUUUGGGCGGCGGUACUGGUUCAGGUCUUGGCUCCCUUUUGUUAUCCAAGAUUCGUGAAGAAUAUCCCGAUCGAAUGUUGUGUACGUACUCUGUGGUACCUUCUCCCAAGGUAUCUGAUACGGUUGUAGAACCUUACAAUGCCGUCUUGACCGUCCACCAAUUGGUGGAAAAUUGUGAUGCCACUUUCUGUAUUGAUAAUGAGGCUCUCUAUGAUAUCUGCUUCAGAACGCUUAAGCUAUCCAAUCCUAAUUAUGGUGAUUUGAACCAGUUGGUAUCGGCUGUCAUGUCCGGUGUCUCUACCAGUUUGCGUUUCCCUGGUCAGCUCAACAGUGAUUUGAGAAAGACGUUCGUCAACAUGGUGCCUUUCCCUCGUCUUCACUUCUUCAUGGUCGGCUUUGCUCCUCUUACUGCAUUCAAUUCUCAGCAAUACCGUAAUCUGAGUGUCCCUGAAUUAACGGCUCAAAUGUUCGAUGCCCGCAAUAUGAUGGCUGCUUCUGAUCCGCGCCACGGUCGUUACUUGACCGUAGCAACUAUUUUCCGUGGUCGUUUGUCCACCAAGGAGGUGGAGAACCAAAUGUUGGCUGUCCAACAAAAGAAUUCCAGCUAUUUCGUGGAAUGGAUCCCUAAUAGUGUCAAGACCUCUCUUUGCGACAUUCCUCCUGUAGGUCUCAAGAUGUCUGGUACAUUCAUUGGUAACAGUACGGCUAUUCAGGAAUUGUUUAAGCGUGUCAAUGAGCAGUUCACAGCCAUGUUUAGAAGAAAGGCUUUCAUGCAUUGGUAUACAGGUGAAGGUAUGGACGAAAUGGAAUUCACGGAAGCCGAAUCCAACAUGAAUGACCUUGUCUCUGAAUAUCAACAAUAUCAAGAAGCUACUAUCGAUGAAGACUUGAUGGAAGAUGACUAUUUAGAAGAAGAUGAAAUGCUUGAAGAAGAGCAAGCCGAUGAAUAAAAAAAAACUCCAAAAACACGAAACUCUUUUUAAACCGGUUGAUCAAUAGCAUUUAUUCAUUAUUAAAAAAAGUUUUCUAUUUUAUGUUUGAAUAAAAAGAUGAAGCUUUUUAUUUCUUAUU